CCACUUCUCCGAAACUGGCUAUUAAGAAUUUUAUUUUAAGGUUUGAGUGGUUCCAAAACAAAUGUUGGGUCUCCAUCAAAAACUCACAAAUGGCCACGCAGGUGAUCCUUCACCUCCUCGUGUUCCUCCUCACAGUUCUCAUAGCUGUUGCUGAAUCUUCCUCUUGCCCCAUGGAUCUCAGCUACGUUGAUACCAUUCCCUGGAACACUUCAUCAUGCAAAGACCCAAUUGAUAAAAACCGCUGCUGCAAUACUCUGCGUAGUGUCCUUGGCAUAGGCCUUGCUCAACGCCUCAAAGACACUUCCAUGUUUGAAUUUUCUGAUGAAAACACUUCCUCCUCUUGCUUGUCUGAUUUCAAACUCCGGCUCAAAGCCUUGUCGAUCCAACCACAGAUUGUCCCUUCUUGCUUCCCUAACCCCUCAACUUUUGUUGUUAACUCUUCAAGUUGUGCAGGGAUUAUAACUACCCAAGAUUGGAAGCAAAAGGUGGGGUUCGACAGCGCAUUAGAUUCUUCUUGCAAUGGUGACCUUAAGGAUAAAACUCGUUGCAGAAUUUGUGCAGAUGCUGGCAAGCAAGUUACUUCUCUUUUGACCAAAAUUGACCCAAAAGCUAGUCCCAUAAAAUGUUUUUACUUUAUAGUGUUAUAUGCUGCAGCUGUUGUUAAUAAGUUUGGUGUAACUGAUAUAAGCACCACUAGUUGCAUACUGGGCCUGCCACAAGUGUCUAGUGCGGAAACAAAAGGGUCUUCAGAUAACAAAGAAAAAGUGUUGAAGCUGGGGUUUGCGUCAUUGGGUGCUGUUAUUUGUGUUCUGCUUGUUUUUGUAGGGAUAAUUGUGUGCAGGAAGUGGGAUAAGAGAAGGAAGGAAAGUGUUUAUCAUAGGGAGAUUGAGAACAAUGUCAGGGCCAGUGUUUUGCCUAAUACUGGUGUGAAAUGGUUUGAUAUAUCAGAGCUUGAACGUGCCACAAGUAAGUUUUCGGAGAAGAAUAUGGCUGGUAAAGGUGGUGAUGGGGUUGUGUAUAAAGGGAAACUUUCAGAUGGCACUUCGGUUGCAAUUAAGGAAAAUUUUGAAUUGGAGACUAAAGGGGAUGAAGAGUUCUGCUAUGAAGUGGAGAUCAUAAGCAAAAUCAAGCACAGGAAUUUGCUCGCUCUUCGGGGUUGUUGCAUUUCAAGUGAUAAAUUGAAAGGUAAAAGGAGGUUUCUGGUUUAUGAUUAUAUGCCUAAUGGGAACCUCUGUUACCAAUUGUCUCUUUCUGGGGCUAAUAGGUUAACAUGGCCUCAAAGAAAGAACAUAAUACUUGAUGUGGCUAAAGGGCUUGCUUAUUUGCACUAUGAAAUCAAACCCCCAAUUUAUCACCGUGACAUAAAGGCCACCAAUGUACUUCUGGAUUCAAAAAUGAAUGCUAAAUUGGCUGAUUUUGGCUUGGCUAGGGAAGGUAGUGAAGAGCAAUCUCAUGUCACAACAAGGGUUGCUGGCACAUAUGGUUAUGUGGCACCAGAGUAUGCUCUAUAUGGACAACUAACAGAGAAAAGUGAUGUGUACAGUUUUGGUAUUGUGAUUCUUGAAAUCAUGAGUGGAAGAAAAGUGCUUUCUACUUUGAAUGCUUACGCUGAUUCAAUCACGGAUUGGGUAUGGACACUUGUGGAAUCAGGAAAAAUAGAGGAAAUUUUUGAUCCGUCUAUAAGAGAAGAAGGGCCAGCAAAAAUUAAGGAAAGGUUCGUUCUUGUUGGAAUGCUUUGUGCUCAUGCUGUGGUGGCGCUGAGACCUACCAUUGCUGAGGCCCUUAAGAUGUUAGAGGGUGACAUUGACAUUCCCAAAUUACCUGAGAGGCCAGUACCAUUGGGUCACGCAUCUUUUCAAUCUUCUCUGUUACAUGGUUUGCAAAGAAGUGGCCGAAGAUCUACGCCAUAUUCUGCAUCUAGUUCUAGUAUGAGCAAUACAUGGGUAUAAAUUUUCGUUCAUUUUAGAUUUAGUUAGAACUAAGUAUAAAAUUGUAAAAAUUGUAUUAAACCAUGGGAGUUUAUAUUCAAAGGGAUGUGCGAAAAUUAAUUUUGAAAAAGGAAAAACACACAUCCAUAUGUUUCACCUUAGUGCUAGCCUGUACUUACAUGGUAGGUAGACUUUGGAUCCCAAUCAUACUAUUUCUUUUAUAGAUAGAUAGAUAAAUAUGCAUGAAUGUAUGUGGGUGGUAAGAAUGUCUUUUUAUUUUUGUUUGAUUGUCACAUUAAACAUUACUUAAUUAACGUUAAGGUUUUGUAUUGCAUAAAAUAAUAUCAUCUUAUGUUUCGUACAAAACACGCAAUGAAUUUAACAUUUGUCAUCCUAUAGAAUACCCAACUCAGAUAAAUAUAUUUGUGGUAAAAUUUUAAACUCUGUGACUUACAAAACGUAAGCUUCAAUAAUAGUCCAUUCUUUCGUCUAUUUCUAAGAAGAGUCUCGAGUCUCGAGUGCUAUAAUUUCUUUCCAGGGAAAAGUUUGGUCAGAUUCAGAAGUUGUCGGUUGAUUUUUCUUAAAAGAAGUUCAUAAUAAUAAUUUUAUGAGAGCUAGGAUUAAUUUUAGUGUCAACAUUUUCUUUUUAAUUUUCUAUAUUAUCGUCAUGAUCUCUCCCAUUCUUAUUGUCUCAUGUAAUAAUACAAAAACUGUUUUUGUUAAUGACAUUAUCAAUUAUUGUAAUACUUUUACAGAAUAUUCAUUAUGUGGUUAAAAUAUAAAAAUGUUAAUACUAUUCUAUUAAAAAUAUUAAUAUAGUUUAAAGUAUGGGUGAAGAAGUAUAUGACUCGAACAUAUAACCAAGUUUCUUAGUGUGUUUUGUGUGUAUGUUAAUAUUAUAGUUGGUUGGAAUUUGAUUUUUGAGUUUUAGGGUACAAAGUUAUUUGCUUAGGUCUAAAUUAAUGGUUUGAUUGUAUUUUAGAAUAUAACAAUAUUUUUAUACAUUAUGAGUUAUGGGUAUGGUCCCUUGAUUUAUUCAUUUAUGAUGUUUUGUUUAUUUUUAAAUAAGUGAGUAUUAUGGGUAGGAGUGUGGUCUUUAAUUUUGUUGUUGGUAUUAGACAAUGAUGGAUUUUUUUUAUUUGAUCAGAAUCUUAUAUAAAAAGAAAGUGCUCUCAUAUCAAUAAAUCCUACAAAUGUUCUUCUGUGACUAAAGAUGUGAGAGUUUUUUUUAUAUUAACAUCUCAUUAUUGUAUGUGUCUUUUGAGUGCAAGUAAUAGUCAUUCAUGUACACCAUAGUGGUAUGUUUGUGAAAGAAAAUUGAGAAAGGAAAAAACUAUUUAUAAGACAAGGUGGAAGUUUAGCUAGACUAUGAUGAAGACAUAGUGGAUGCUUUUGGCAUCACUAAUUACUAAGGAGUUAGGAUAUCAAGAAUUGAUUAUAUAUUACAAAGAACUUUGGAGAGGGGUUAAGAGAGAGCUAAAGGUUGAUUCAGACAUAUUAGAAAUGAUGUAUGUUACAAAGAAGAAUAGUAGAUACAUACAUGCGUAUUAUGAACAUUUAUUAAGUGAGGCUGAGUUCAUAGAAUUGAACAAUUUUAAUAAGGGAGAAGGAAAUGAUAGUAUUGAUUGUGAAACAUCUACAAAAGGUAGUGUUGAUCUGGUUGAGCAAAAACCAAAAAACGGAGUUAGGGAGAAGUAUACACCAUAGAAUAAGCCAAGAAAUAAUAUCAUACUAAGUUGUCAUAGUUAGAGAUUGUAUAGUCAGGACAAAGGUAAACAAAAGGAGUUAAAAAAGAGGAUGUGAAAGUUGAGAAAGGGAAACAAAGUGUCGUGUUUGAAAUGAAGACUAUAUGCACCAGAGAAAGAGUGGAGAGAGCAUGAAAGGAAAGAAAAAAAUUAUACAUAAUGAAGGAGUUGGUAGAGGGAUUCAGCUAACUAA